GAUACUGAUUACCAUAAUACAGCUGCCCUAUUUCAUUCACUGUUGACCAGCAGCCCCUGACCUGCAGAGUGUUUGACGUUUCCAAAUUACACCAUGAAGGUUACAGACAGAAAUGUGAUCCGGUUUCACCUUCAGGUUGUGUACGGGAUCACUGUGAGGAGCUUUGAGAAGAGGAAAGACAGACUAUUCAUGAGUGGGGCAAAGAUCUUUGGUGUUCCUCUGGAGAACUUACCCAGGAGAUACAUCCCUGAGUUUGGACUGGUGCCGUGCUUUUUAGUGGAUGCUUGCUCAUUACUUCUGGAGCGUGCUGGAACAGUGGGCCUGUUUAGAAAGCCAGGCUCUCUACCCCGCAUUAAGAUCCUUAGGGCUAAGCUAAAUCGUGGAGAGGGGUGUCUGCCUACAGCUCUCCCUUAUGACGUGGCGACCCUCAUAAAGCAGUUCUGCAGGGAGCUGCUGGAGCCGUUGUUUCCCUCUGAGCUCCACGCCGCUCUGCUCAAAGCUCAGGCUCUGUCCAACCCUCCGGACCAGACUGCAGCCCUCCAGCUGCUGUCCUGUCUGCUGCCCGCCAGGAACUCCUCCUGUCUGCACUACCUGUUGAAUUUCCUCUCCAAAAUCUCACAGAGAUGCAGUGAAAACUUAAUGACCAGCUCCAACCUGGCCACAGUCUUCGUCCCUUGUCUGUUACCUCCUCCAAACAAGGCAGAGAUGUCCGAGGGACGACUGGAACUCAGAGUUCUAGUUCUUUGCACCUUCAUUGACAAUCCUCACCUAUUCGGUGUGAUUCCCAAAACUGUGAUGGACAGUAUGGACUUCCUGAUGAAUUUCCAUUUUCUGAAAGACGCAAAGAAAGGACAUAAAAAACGACACAGUUUCAAAGGUAUACAAUCUGCAAAGACGCUACCCUGGACAAAAGGGAGGUCAAAGGUCGAAGCUCUAGUCGCUGAGGAGACACAAGAGUCGACCUCAGGAGGCAGACCAGCACUCAGGAGGAGCCUAGGCCUGGAGACGUUCCCAAAUGUCCAGCUGUUCAGGACUUGUCUGCCUGGUGCAGAGAAAAGUUUCAGUCCUGCAACAGCUUUGUUGGACAGUCCUCCCAAAGAGGAAUGCAAGACCCCACAAGAGAAACCAAAAAGAGAUCUGCGUUUGAGUCAUUUCCAGAGAUUCACCAGAGGACUGGAUGUAGAAAGCUCUCCUGUGCUCACUGGAGUCGGGAAACUGCAGCUCACACCGUGGAAAAAACGGCACUCACUCUAAAGGAUGAAAUACUAGUCAGAAGUCAUGUGGGUUGACCCACAUCACAGCAACUUAUCAUUCUGACAUAUGAUGGACCAGUUUUUAUUUGUAAGAUGACAUGAAAUGGUAAAAAGUGUUUGAUCAGUUUAUAUUUUAACAUUGAAUGAAUGUUUAUAUUUGACUAUUUAUUUCUCAGCUGGACUGUUACUAUACUUUUAUAUCACAAUAAAUUGCUUGCUGAAUAGCUUU